CACUUCCGCCCCCUCCGCCAGCCAUUGGAACUAGCGAAGCCGGACUAGUUGGGGCCGCUGGACAGCCGACGCUCCCCUCCUCGUCCUCCGCCUCCUCGCCGCUUCUUCCUCUCGCCUCUCCUCUUCUCUCCUCCCCAGGCCGCCGCCGCCCCCAGGCCUCGCGACCGCCGAGCCCGCAGCCCACGCCGCGGCCGACAUGAGCUUCUUGUUUGGUAGUCGUGCUUCUAAAACUUUUAAACCAAAGAAGAACAUUCCAGAGGGAUCUCACCAGUAUGAGCUCUUAAAACAUGCAGAAGCCACACUUGGCAGUGGCAACCUCCGGAUGGCUGUCAUGCUUCCUGAGGGGGAAGAUCUAAAUGAGUGGGUUGCAGUUAACA